CCCGGUAAAAUAAAAGGCCGCGUGGCUGCUUUCCGAUGCCUACAAUGACGACCGGAAAAAAUGGAAAGUCCAGUGAAUUAAACACGUACUACUUCCAAACUUUCUGUUUCUUCUUUACGGCUCUCCCUUCCCUACUGCCAUUCCAUGGCUUUAACCUCUCACCCUUCUCUUUCCUUCACCUACAUUCCGUUCCGUUUCAGUUCUUGAUCGAAUUUUUCUUUGAUCUGCAUUUUCUUGAUUUCAAAACGUAACGUGUUCAAGAAUUCAAGAAAUUAAUGGUAGCUUCUCUCUUUUUUGGUGUCAUAUGAAUCUUGGAUCUGACAGCUAGGAUUUGCUGUCCAUUGGGACCUGAGCAUGCAUUCUCGUUGAUAUCAAUGGCUGUGUCCAGCUAAGGGAAUUUAUUGUAUUAAAUUGAGAAAAAAAUGGAUAAACUUGGAUGAUCAAUGGCGCCUGGGACUGAUGUUUCACCUCAGACUCAAGGAUGGGGUGAUGUUACUACUAAGGAAAGCUUACCUGUUAUGGAAGAUGACAACGAUGACCAGAACACUGACAAUUUGAGCCAAUCAAAAACUGGCAAACCGCCGAGAAAUCUCUCGUGUAUGCGCCAUUGUAGCAGCAGUGCAAUUCUGUCUGAUCCUGAAUUAGAUCUUGGAUUCAUUUUGAAGUCGCCAUCAACUGAGAAUUCUGGAUUUCUACCGAUAUUUCGCUCCGGAAGCUGCUCUGAGAAAGGACCAAAGCAGUUCAUGGAGGAUGAGUACAUAUGCGUCGACAAUUUACCUCGACAUCUUCCCAGUCUUGAAAAUUGCCCUGCUCCUGCUGCGUUUUAUGGGGUGUUUGAUGGGCAUGGCGGUAAAGAUGCAGCGUCUUUUAUCAAACAUAACAUUCUGAAUUAUAUAGUUGAAGACUCCAAGUUUCCAUCUGGUACUAAGAAGGCAAUCAAGAGUGCAUUUGUAAGGGCUGAUCAUGCGCUCGCUGAUGCUAAAUCUGUUGAUAAUUCUUCCGGCACUACUGCUUUGGCGGCCCUCGUCUUGGGGAAGACAAUGUUGAUAGCUAACGCCGGUGAUUCUAGAGCUGUGUUGGGCAAGAGAGGAAGAGCAGUUGAGCUAUCGAAAGACCACAAACCUAGCUGCAAUUCCGAGAGACUAAGAAUUGAGAGACUAGGAGGUGUGAUAUAUGACGGCUACCUUAACGGCCAGCUAUCUGUAGCUCGUGCACUUGGUGAUUGGCACAUUAAGGGCUCUAAAGGUUCGAUUAGCCCAUUAAGCGCUGAGCCAGAACUAGAGGAACUUAGCCUGACUGAAGACGACGAGUUUUUGAUUAUGGGUUGCGAUGGUCUGUGGGAUGUGAUGAGCAGCCAAUGCGCUGUUACAAUCGUGAGGAAGGAACUCAUGAACCAUAACGAUCCUGAAAAGUGCUCAAAAGCGCUUGUCAAGGAGGCACUCCAGCGUAACACAUGCGACAACCUGACAGUCGUCGUGGUUUGCUUCUCUCCUGAUCCACCUCCCAAGAUUGAAAUACCGAAAUCCCAUAGAAGGAGGAGUAUAUCAGCGGAAGGGCUGGACCGACUAAAAGGAGUGAUGAAUAAUGUAUGAUGUUUACGAAGAAUUGCGUACACUUUCCUCUACUUGAUGCAGAUGGAAAAUGCUUUUCUUUUAACCUAAACUAUAUCCUGUAUAUUUGAGAUGAGGGUGAAAUUUUGAAGUGUUAAUUAAUUAGUAACUUAAAUAUGUCAUUGUAGUGCUGAGUAAAGUUGCAGUCAGGAUUGCUGCAAAUAAUGUGUGAAUGUAUUAUGUAACAUCACCACAUCAAUUUUGGAGGUAGACUUAGUUUUGUAGAGAUGUUCUAAAUGAAGUAAGUGUACUUGUAAGCUUCAAAUAAAGAUUAUAAAUUCUGCA